AUGGCUGGUUCAGUCUCGGGUGACACAGAAGCGCAGUGCGCUGGAAAUACAAGCAGCAAGCGCGGUGGAUGGAUAACUUUUCCGUUCAUGAUGGCUACAUUGUUAGGUAUGUCCAUAACUUCUUUCGGAUGGGUAAUGAACUUGAUCGUCUUCUUGAUCGAGGAAUUCAACAUCAAGAACAUCGCUGCUGCUCAGAUUUCAAACAUAGUUAAUGGAUGCCUCAGCAUGUUGCCUGUUGUAGCAGCCAUUUUAGCUGAUUCUUUUUUUGGAAACAUCGUCGUAAUCUCGGCCUCUACUUUUAUCUCGCUGACUGGCAUUUUUCUCCUGACUGUGAUCGCAUCUUUGGACUUGUUAAAACCUAGACCGUGUGAAACCGGAUCAAUCCUAUGCCAGUCUCCAUCUGAACUUCAGCUUGGGAUAUUGUAUACAGCCUUAGUUCUAGUAACCAUUGGAGCAGGUGGGACACGGUUCACUUUGGCAUCCGCGGGUGCAAACCAAUACGAGAAACCUAAAGAUCAAGGAAGCUUCUUCAACUGGUACUUCCUCACACUUUAUGCUGGGGCUAUCACCGGCGCAACAGCGAUUGUAUACACACAGGACAAUGCUAGCUGGAAACUUGGGUUUGGCCUCUGCGCUGCUGCAAAUAUGGUCAGUUUCAUUGUUUUUAUCUGCGGGAAGAGACUCUACAAGCAUGAGAAACCCAUGGGAAGUCCUUUCAAAAGUCUGAUCAGUGUUGUAGUCGCUGCUAUAGUGAAAAGAAAAGCUGUGAUUUCAUCCAAAGAAGAAGACUAUCACCAGGGACUCGUCUCCAAGACUUCUGCUGCAUUGCCUUCCAAUAGCUAUAGGUUCUUGAAUCGUGCAGCCUUGAAAACCGAAGACGAUUUAAACCACAAAGACAUUUCAGUUAACAACACCUGGAGGCUAUGUUCUGUUCAGGAAGUAGAAGAUUUCAAAGCCAUCCUCCGACUUGUUCCUCUGUGGAUAGCCAUAAUAUUCGUUAGUACUCCAAUGGUGACGCAAACAAGCUUAAUGGUACUCCAAGCUCUAGUCACGGACCGUGGGAUUGGUCCUCACUUCAAAGUCCCGGCUGGGUCCCUCCAAGUCAUAGUAAUGACCUCUGCAUCCGCAUUUAUCAUAAUCAACAACUGGCUUGUCUAUCCCACGUACCAGAAGCUAACCCAUAAGCGGCUAACACCGCUUCAAAAAGUAGGGAUAGGCCAGGUGCUCACCAUCUUUAGCAUGGUGAUCUCUGCGGUUGUGGAAGCAAAGAGGCUGAAAACAGUUGAAGGAAACAACAGACACGCCAUGUCAGUGAUGUGGCUGUUUCCUCCUCUGGUUAUAGUGGGAAUAGGCGAGGCCUUUCAGUUUCCGGGGAAUAUUGAAUUGUUCUAUAGAGAGUUUCCAGAGUCUCUGAGGAACACCGCGACGUCAUUGACCUCGCUGGUGAUUGGAAUCUCUUUCUAUCUGAGCACAGCUAUGAUAGAUCUGAUCCAAAGGACCACCAUGUGGUUACCAAAUGAUAUUAACAGCGGGAGAGUUGAUAAUGUUUAUUGGGUUUUAGUCGUUGGAGGAGUCUUGAAUUUCGGAUAUUUUCUCGUCUGCACUUGGUUCUAUGAAUACAGUAAUCUCGAAGGUGACAAUGAGCUAGACCCUAAAGAUGUUUCAACCUAA